AUGUUCAUAUUCAUAUUUUCUGCCUUGGCACAGGUUGCUCCCACAAAAGCCGCCCCCGUGCCAGAAGUGUCUGCAUCACAGAUAGAUGCCCCCGUUUUAAUCAUAUCACUUAUUUGUCUAUGCCUUCUAAUCAUAGCACUCCUAUGUGUGGCAAUCGUUAAAGGGGUCAGAUACUGGCGGGCAAAGCUGAAACGUGACCUCAGUCUAGAAGAAGAUAACCAGGCGUAUUUGGAGCUCGAUCUGGACGAGCAGGAGCUAUUUUUCCAGGCCAAGGAAUUCUUGUCUAACUUCCCGUAUGUCACAGAUGACCUACCUCUUUCGCAAAACUUGAGCAUACAGGAGAAGGGAAUAAGGGCUUGGGAAAUGGUCAAGGAUCCUAUGCUUCUGAAUAGUGACUUGAUCAUUGUCAAUAAGUACGAGCUCACCUUCUUCAAGAAGUUCGAAUGCUCAGCCCAAACCAACCUUCCUAUACCCACCACCAAUGAAGUAUACUACUUCGAGAGUAAGAUAUAUUCCCUCCCACACCCGGAGGAGACUAUGGUGUCUAUUGGACUUGGAGUCAGUCCAUAUCCUUGGUUCCGGUUGCCAGGAAGACAUGCACAUUCUGUAUCAUACGAUAGCGAUGGCUAUCGCCGCCACAACCAGCCUUUCAAGUUUGAAUCGCCGGCGCCAUUUCCUAAAUUGAUAGAGGGAGAUGUCGUUGGUAUAGGAUACAAGGUUCGGACCGGCACUGUGUUUUUCACCAGAAAUGGAAAGAAGCUCAGCGAACUGAAGAUUGGCGGGCACUUGCGUCAUUUCAAGAUACCCAGAAACGGGAGACUCUACCCAAUCAUAGGAGCAAACAACCUUUGUUCUAUUCAUGUGAACGUUGGCCAGAUGGGCUUCGUGUACAUCGAAGGAAACGUCAAACGAUGGGGAUUUGCCCCACUUGAAGGCAAUGGCCCUGCUCCUCCUGCCUACAAAAAGUUCAAUGGAGACAUAUUACUUGAAAGGUCCGAAAUUGAUGAUGAAAAUGAUUUGUCUGAGCGUGAGAACGACUUUCCCCCUGAUUUUUGGGAUCUUCAUCAGAACGAUGAAGGUGCAGAGAGCGCUAAAUUCAGUUUCCAGGGCUACAGCGAUGUUUCUGUUGAUGAACGCAUCACUUUGCAUAGCAUUAUCCCAGAGUUACCUCCACAUUAUGACUCAAGCAGUAUGAUAAACGAGGAAUCCGAAGACCAGGCUAAUGAUAGCUACAUUCCAUAUGAAGAGUUCAGAAGUGCUCUAGAAGACACCGAGUCUGUCAAUGAUGAUAAUGAAGAAAAUGAAAACGAGAACAGCCUACUCAAUGAACAGGGAGAUAUUCUUCCCGCUGACCUUACCGAUGACAUAACUGAGGAAUUCACAGAGGAUCCGAUUGAGGACGAUUCUGAAAACUCACACACCUAA